UACUUAAUUUACGGUUUAAUGAUGUAAUUAAGUGCAGAGGAUUUGGACAAACUUAGAGAGAUGGACAUGUUUGGAGAAGACAGGAGGGAUAGGGUUUAUGCAGUCAUGGCUAACUUGAUGGUUGAAAGCUUAUGCUCUGCAUUUGAAGGUUGUGUUGCUGUAUUCCAUACUUCAGCCUUCACUGAUCCCUCUGGUGUCUCUGGUUAUACAAAACAGAUGGCUGAAAUGGAAGCAAAAGUGGGAGAAAGAGUGGUGGAAGGUUGUGUGAGAAGUGAAAGUGUGAGGAAGUGUGUGUUUACAUCUUCACUUCUUGCAUGUGUUUGGAGAAGGAACAACACCACCAACCCUCAUUUCCCAACCAUCAUUGAUGAGAAUUCUUGGUCUGAUGAAACCCUCUGCAGGGAUAGAAAGUUAUGGUUUGCACUGGGAAAAACAAUGGCAGAGAAAGCUGCAUGGAGAGCAGCUCGUGGAAGAGACUUGAAGCUUGUAACUAUAUGUCCUGCUCUUAUUACUGGACCUGGUUUUUCUCGCCGAAAUUCGACUUCAUCUAUAGCUUUUCUCAAAGGAUCUCAAGCAUUGUUUGCUGAAGGAUUACUAGCAACAGUAGAUGUCAGUAAAGUGGCAGAAGCACAAGUAACUGUUUAUGAAGCAAUGCAUGACACUGCUUGUGGGAGGUACAUUUGCUAUGAUCAUGUCAUCAGAAGAUGUGAAGAAGCAAAAGAAUUAGAAAGACAACUUGGAAUUCCAAACAGAAUAAUAACAAGUGAAACAAUGAGUGAAGAUAAUUUCAAUAAUUUUAACUGUUUUGAGUUGUCUAAGAGGAAGCUCUCAAGAUUGAUCUUUGCAUCAAGACAUUGUUCUUAUGAUAUUCACUCAAUGUUUUACUCUUGAAUAAGUUCGAUUUAUUUAUUCAUGUUAUUAUA